CGCACACCGCUGCGGCACUUCCCUUCCCCUGGUCUGCAUGUUGAAAAUUCGGUGAAAAUAUCUGGGAAAUAUUUUUCAUUUUAUUCCUCUCCGAUAGUGGGGAAUAUCUAUUUAUAAGUCAAGGGGAUGAUCCAUGCGGCGGCCAUACUCGCGCUUCCUACGUCCAGUGUAGUAGGUAGCUUGGUUAGGUAUGUCUUUUCGUGUGGUGCGAAGCAGCAAAUUCCGUCAUGUCUAUGGCACGGCAUUGAAACGGGAACAAUGCUACGAUAACAUCAGGGUGUCCAAGUCCUCAUGGGACUCAACCUUUUGCGCUGUUAAUCCAAAGUUCCUCGCCAUCAUUGUUGAGUCUGCCGGAGGCGGUGCUUUUAUAGUACUUCCUCAUAACAAGGUGGGUAGAAUUCCAGCCGAUUAUCCCUUGGUGGGUGGACACAAGGGACCAGUUUUGGAUAUAGCAUGGUGCCCGCACAAUGACAAUGUCAUAGCAUCAGGGUCGGAGGAUUGCGUCGUUAAAGUAUGGCAGAUCCCUGACAGUGGAUUGUCCCGCACCCUCACGGAGCCUGUGGUCGAUCUACAGCUGCAUCAACGCAGAGUAGGACUUGUUCUCUGGCACCCAACUGCACUGAAUGUACUUCUUACCGCAGGCUCUGACAAUUUGGUUAUAAUUUGGAAUGUGGGAACUGGUGAAGCCUUGGUGCGCAUUGACUCCCAUCCCGAUGUUGUUUACUCAGCUUGUUGGAACUGGGAUGGGUCCCGUUUAGUCACUACUUGUAAGGACAAGAAAAUUCGCCUACUUGAACCUAGAUCUGGAGAAGUUCUGGAAGAAGCCAUUGCUCAUGAAGGCACCAAGGCCACUCGAGCUAUUUUUCUUAGGGGUGGCCUCAUCUUCACAACAGGUUUCAGCAAGAUGUCAGAGAGGCAGUAUUCACUCCGUGCUCCCGAUAUGUUAGGUGAACCCAUAGUCAUGGUGGAAUUGGACACAAGCAACGGAGUCAUGUUUCCAUUGUACGAUCCUGAUACAAACUUAGUCUUCCUGUGUGGCAAAGGCGACUCUGUGAUUCGUUAUUUCGAGAUCACUCCUGAGCCGCCCUUUGUCCACUAUAUCAACACCUUCCAGACGCCGGAUCCUCAGCGAGGGAUAGGAAUGAUGCCAAAACGUGGCUGCGAUGUCAACAGUUGCGAAAUAUCUCGUUUCUAUCGUCUCAAUAAUUCUGGAUUCUGCCAAGUCGUUUCAAUGACCGUACCAAGAAAGUCCGAACUAUUCCAAGAAGACUUGUAUCCGGACACUCCAGGACAUGCAGCUGCCAUUACUGCAGAGGAAUGGGAAUCCGGUUCAGAUGCUGAACCCAUUCUGAUUUCCUUGAGGGAUGGCUAUCAGCCAGCAGCGGCAAAGAACGAUCUUAAGGUGCACAAGAAAGCCAAUGUAUUGGGUAAAAGUGCCAAAGUUGGUGCUACCGCGGCUCAAAGUGCCGCACCACCAGCCUCCAAUGUUUCGGAUGAAGUUCUAAAGGAGCUUGCCGAAGAGAUAAGAAAGUUAAAGGCUGUAAUCGUAAAACACGAGGGAAGAAUUCGUGUACUCGAGGCUGCGGCAGCUCUGCAAAUGAAAGAGCAGGAGAGAAAUGAGAAAGUUUCUCCUACCGAAAAAGAUGUUUUAGCUGCCGAUGAGGUCUAAAUGCUUCUGGAGAUCAUAUUUUUACAUGAACACAGACAUGAUCAUAUAUAACUAUUUAAUAUUAAAUGAGCGUAUUAUAUUUUGAUAUGACAAUUUGUGUAAAUACUAGGUACUAGCCGAUUUGCGCGUUUUGCAGCUUCGCUACUUAUUUUUAUUAUUUAUUUUCAUCCAAUCAUCGAAUUAUCUUCGUAUUUUUAUUACCUUUAUUUCUCUUUUCACUCAAAUCAUUUGUCUAAUCGAUUGUCAUUCAUCGGUCGUUACCUAUUAUUGCUGUUACCAUAUACAUACAUACAUACAUAUAUUACACAUGUUAUAACUUAACAUAUUAUUGUUAUAUGAAUAUGAUUAUGAUUAUUAUUAUUUUAAACGUAAAUGCGCGCUGCUGUAAAAGUAAUUUUUAAUAACAAAGAGUGCCUAAUUUGUACAGACAAUACAUUUUGCUGUAAGAUAACAACAAUAAGAGAUUUUUCUAUUUGA